AAGAAGUUCGCGAUUAAUACCGGGAAGAUUUUUGUCGUUACCGUCGCGUUUUUCAAUGAAAAAAACUAAUUUGCAAUUGCAGCAAAUUGUAUUCCAUUAAAAUAAGGAUUUAGUGCAAAUUCUCAAGUAUUUUAGUUCACGUUCGCGAAAAGUGCAGUUCGAAAAAAGCAAAGCAAGUGAUUGAAGAGGGUAGUGAAGCCUGUCUUUGAUUAUUGAAAAUAUUUAAUAAUAUUAUAAGAGUUUAUGUGAAUUAUUAAAAGGAUAUAUGGCAUAUUGUCAAUUUAUUGGAAAUUAGUUGCAUGAUUUCCAGUUAUUAUAAUUACAUUUGCUGCAAUGCUCGUCCAUAAGAAUCAUGGAUGCGGUACGCGGAUCAUUGUGUCUACCGUCGCUCUAAUGCAAAAUUAUUCCUGAAGUCUCCUUGGGCGAAAUGUGUUGCUUUUAAUAAAUAUAUUUAGUGAUAAUCUGAAUGUAUCUACUGCCCAAUUGUACUUAGUUUUACCCUGAAAACAAGAGUGUUAUGAAGCUCGAAAUUUUCGAAUUAGCAUUGAAAAUAGAUAAGCCGGUCGCUUACCAGUAUUCAAGUGGGUGUGAUUAACAUUCAUGUUUCAACCAAUAUCUGCAAUUUUGUGAAGUAUUUAUCUACAAAUAUUUGAAGUUAUUAUAUUUGUGCUGUGUGUCUGUUAAAAUAUCGAGAGUGUCAUUAUAAAUAUUUGUUGUAAAGCAAAAAAGUGGCUUAAAGUUAUAGCAAGUAAUCGUUAUAGUGUUACUUCACUCAAGGAUAUAAAUCGUUUUCAAAAUUUGGAUAAACUAUUUAAAACGGAUUAAACACUAUAUUGCAGAGGCACAGUUAUCGCACCCCUCGGCAGUAAAGCAGUAAUAAUGUCGCCACAAUCAUUUCAACGUCGGUGAUCGUGUAUUGGCUCUAAUCUCCCGAAUGUGUUGCCCGAUUGCAACAUGGCAGGGCACGAUCGAAGCCAUAGGUGCUUCGUAGAAAUGGCUCAAAAAAUCUACACGAAAUCUCCUUGCUACAGUCGCUGCAGCAACAGCUAUCGUCAUUAUCAAAAUAUGGUACUAUGGUUCCUCCUAUUAGCAUUCACGCUACCGCUGAUCCAUAUCGCACGAUCAGAACAUGUCCGCGAACUGGAAGUAUCGGAAGGCGUCGCCAUUGGAUAUCAGAUUGGAUUUAUUGGUGAAUUUAUGCACGGUGUGGAUAGUGGUCCCCCAUAUUUAAUUGUUCCAGUGCCGGGUAGUGCCAUCGAUACAGAUUUAGCUAUUGAUCAUACGACGGGCGAGAUUCGGACCAAGGUUCAAUUGGAUCGCGAGAAGCGUGCCUCCUACAGUUUAGUGGCAAUCCCGCUAAGUGGUGAAAAUGUUCGAGUGGUUAUUCGCGUUCUGGAUGAAAAUGAUAAUCCACCCACGUUUCCCACCCCGGUCAUGAAUAUCGAGUUUCCGGAGAAUACGCCACGCGAUGUUAAGCGUACGCUCAAUCCCGCGCGCGAUUUGGAUCUAGGCCGCUACAAUACACAACGGUAUAACAUCGUGUCGGGAAAUGUGAAUAAUGCGUUUCGUCUAUCGUCACAUCGGGAACGGGACGGUGUAUUGUAUCUAGAUCUGCAGAUAAAUGGCUUUCUGGACCGCGAAACAACGCCUGCAUACAGUCUGGUGAUCGAAGCAUUAGAUGGUGGUAGUCCUCCAUUACGUGGCCAAAUGACCGUUAAUAUAACGAUACAAGAUGUGAAUGAUAACCAGCCGCAGUUCAAUCAAAGCAGAUAUUUUGCAACGAUCCCCGAGAAUGCCACGAUCGGGACCUCAGUGCUGCAGGUCUAUGCAUUCGAUCUUGAUGCCGAAGAGAACGGGUUAAUAGAGUAUUCAAUAAACCGCCGCCAGAGCGAUAAGGAACAAAUGUUCCGUAUCGACCCUCAAACGGGAGUAAUCUUUGUCAAUAAACCUCUGGAUUUCGAGACCAAAGAAUGUCACGAGUUAGUCGUGAUGGCUAGAGAUCAUGGCGAACAGCCUCUGGAUGCAACCACCUUCGUCACAAUCAAAGUAACGGAUGUGAAUGAUAAUCAACCAAUUAUAAAUGUUAUUUUCUUGAGUGACGACGCAACCCCCAAGAUUUCGGAGAAUGCAAAGCCUGGCGAGUUUGUAGCCAGGAUUUCGGUUAAUGAUCCUGACUCAAAGACCGAAUACUCUAAUGUUAAUGUAACGUUGGACGGAGGGGAUGGUCAUUUCGGACUCACUACACGCGAUAAUAUUAUUUAUCUUGUGAUCGUGUCACGUGAGCUUGACCGAGAAAUAGAGCCGAACUACACACUGAAUGUGGUUGCAACAGAUAAUGGCAAUCCUCCCCUGCACGCUUCCAAGACCAUACACCUGCGAGUAACUGAUAUCAAUGAUAAUGCUCCACACUUUGAGAAAGAAAUCUACCAUGCAAACGUGAUGGAGGUAGCUGAUCCUGGCACCUCAGUGCUGCAGGUCGUUGCUGUCGAUUUGGAUGAAGGAAAUAAUUCUGCGGUCACCUAUUUACUCAUGGAUACGCCCGAAACACACUCACAGUGGUUCCAAAUUGAUGUGCAUACAGGUCUGAUAACAACUCGUGCUCAUAUCGAUUGUGAAACCGAACCAGUGCCACGUUUGACAGUCAUCGCUAAGGAUAAUGGAAUUCCUCAAAUGUCAUCGACUGCCAUUGUUUUAGUGACUAUACAUGACGUCAAUGAUAAUGAGCCGAUUUUCGACCAGAGUUUCUACAAUGUUUCGGUUGCGGAGAGCGAGCCAGUUGGACGUUGUAUAUUAAAGGUGUCGGCUAGUGACCCAGAUUGCGGAGUUAAUGCAAUGGUUAAUUACACGCUAGGAGAAGGCAUCAAGAAAAUGAGUGAAUUUGAGGUCCGAUCGGCUACUGGCGAAAUAUGCAUUUCCACCGCUUUGGAUUUCGAGACGCGUAAUUCAUUUGAAUUUCCUGUUCUUGCAACAGAUCGUGGUGGAUUAAGCACGACAGCAAUGGUUAAAAUUCAGCUAGCCGAUGUCAACGAUAACCGACCAGUUUUCUACCCUCGCGAGUACAACGUGUCCUUACGAGAAUCUGAUAUCGUAAAAUCAACCUCAACACCAGUAGUAGCAGUUGUUGCAACCGAUGCAGACUCCGGACGCUUCGGAACUGUUUACUAUCGAAUUGUGGCUGGAAACGAGGAAAAUAUAUUUCGAAUCAAUCGUAAUACAGGAGAAAUCUUUAUAAGUGAACCAAAUAAAUUGUCGAUACACAAGAGGAUCGUUUAUAAGCUGAACAUUUCGGCGAGCGAUGGAGAAGGACUGAGAACUGCACAAGAUGCUGAGGUGUUUAUUAGUGUCAUUGAUUCAUCGCAACAUGCUCCCAGUUUUGAGAAAAUCACUUAUAACUAUUCGGUGAAGGAGGAUGUGUCCAAAGGAACCGUCGUUGGAUCUGUCCUAGCAACAACGAGUGGAUCAGGAAGCCGAGGAGCGGUACGAUACUCAAUUUACUCAGGCGAUCCAGAUGGCUACUUUAGCAUUGAUCCAAUGUCUGGGAAUAUUCGAAUAGCGAAUCCUUUGGACCGCGAAACGAAACCGGAAGUUCUUUUGAAUAUUCAAGCAACGAGCGGCGAUCCACCCGCCUAUGGACAUACCCAGGUUACAAUCGAGAUCCAAGAUGUCAACGACAAUCCACCCGAAUUUGAAUCGAGUACGGUACGUCUUUCGGUGCCGGAGAAUUUCGCACUCGGCAUCCCAUUCUAUGAAGCUAAUGCUCACGAUAAGGAUUCAGGAGACAGUGGCAUUGUACGUUACAGUUUAAUGACAAUUGAUACCGCAUCAGUGGCAUCGUCAUUUGGAUCACUGGCUUCCUCAGGAGCCGCUCCAGGGAGUAUGCUAGGCUCCACAUAUUUCUCUCCAUCAUCAGCAUCGUCAUCGCUCGCAUUGUCAUCUUCAUCUUCCGCAUCUUUACCAGGCUCUUCGAGUUCUUCGUCAUCGUUACUAUUCAAUGGUGGUAGCUUUGUUAAUCAUCAAAUUGGAUCAGGACAUUCAUCGACGACGUCGACAGCGGCAGCAGCAUCGUCGUUGUCGUCAGCAGCCUCGAACCUAUUCGCCAUCGAUUCACGUACCGGACAUUUAACAUUGUCACGACAUUUAGACUACGAGACAUCACAACGGCAUGCAUUAAUUGUUACGGCAACGGAUUCGGGAAAACCACCAUUAUCGGCUAAUUUAACGAUACUUGUCGAGGUACAAGAUGUGAAUGAUAAUCCUCCCGUUUUCGAACGUAAUGAAUAUUCAAUUAAUGUACUGGAGUCGAUGCCGAGUAAUUCACAGAUCCUGCAAGUAACAGCCGUUGACCUGGACACUGGAAACAACGCACGAAUCACGUACCGUAUUGUAGGCGGUAGCGAUCAAAUCUAUGCCACUGGCAAUAACUUUAGCAACACUAGCAGGAGAUCAUAUAAUAACGACAAUGGCUCAGCUUCUUCGUCGAAGUUAUCAGGGAACAGUAGCGGGAAAACUUCUAGCGGUGUCACCACAAGCGGUCGAGGUUCGUCCUCGCGAAAUUAUCCACCACCUCCGCAACAUUCACGGUCGGACAACAAGAACAUGAAUCUCGGCGCUCAAGAUGUUGACGAUCGUAAGACCACCGAACUAUUUGGGAUCUUUCCGAAUAGCGGUUGGAUCUAUCUACGAGGAACUCUCGAUCGUGAGACACGUGAUCGAUAUGAGUUAACGGUGGUAGCCAGCGAUAACGGUACACCGCCAGCACAUGCGAAAGCACGUGUGAUUGUCAAUGUUUUGGAUGCAAACGAUAACGAUCCGCAAUUCACGCUACCAUCCUAUGAGUUUUCAAUUGAAGAGAAUAUGCGACGAGGGUCUGUGGUUGGGACAGUGGCCGCUGACGAUGCUGAUUUGGACGCAAAUGCAGCAAUCCGAUAUAGUUUGAUACCGAGCAACACGAGCUUCCAAGUGAACCCGGUAACAGGUGAAAUUCUUACACGUGAACCACUAGACAGAGAAACGCGUGAAAUAUACGACCUUGUUGCAGAGGCUCGCGAUCAAGGUGUGCCAUAUCGAAGUGCUCGAGUUCAAGUAAAAAUCACGGUAACGGACGUAAAUGAUAACGCUCCCGAUAUUGUUGAUCCCCAAGAGGAUGUUGUGAGUGUUCGUGAAGAGCAACCGCCCGGUACAGAAGUAGUGCGCAUUCGUGCUGUCGAUCGUGACAACGGCUAUAACGCGUCAAUUACGUAUUCAAUCCUGAAAGGACGCGAUUCGGAUGGUUAUGGAUCAUUCACUAUUGAUCCAAUGAACGGGUUAAUUCGAACGAAAGUUACUCUCGAUCACGAGGAACGCUCAAUUUAUCGACUAGCUGUGGCAGCAACAGAUGGCGGACGACCACCUAAGCAAACAGUGCGCCCAUUGCGAGUUGAAGUUUUGGAUUUGAAUGAUAAUCGUCCGACGUUUACGAGUUCCAGUUUAAUAUUCAAGGUCCGCGAAGAUGUUCGCAUAGGCCACAUUGUCGGAUCCAUUGGCCCAGCCGAGCGAAGUGAUGCUGAGAAUUUAAUAGCCGGUAGUAGUGGCCUCCACGUUACUUACACCCUAACCUCCCUAACAAGUGACGUAAUUGACGAAGCGUUUGAUAUGGACCGACAAACAGGAUCUUUGGUAGUUGCACGUCGGCUGGACCGAGAACACCAAAGUGAAUACCGCCUCGAAAUACGUGCCCUAGAUACAACCGCAUCUAACAAUCCUCAAAGUAGUGCAAUCACAGUGAAAGUCGAAAUAACAGACGUCAACGAUAACGCUCCACACUGGCCGGAAGAUCCGAUCACAAUUUACGUGAGCGAAACUGCUGCAAUCGGUCAGAUUGUAUACAAUUUCACAGCAACCGAUGAAGAUGCUGGAGCUAAUGGCGAGGUCCAAUACCACUUGGAAUCCCAAAUGCCAGAGCUGGAGAAAAAGCUGUUCUCCUUGGAUCCACUCACUGGAAUGUUGUCGCUUCAGGGUAACUUGGACUAUGAAGACCUAAAUGAGUACAUCCUGGUCGUUGAAGCUGUCGAUCAAUCUGUGAACACAUCCGAGCGGCUCCGCACUAAAGUAACGGCCCGAAUUUUAGUUACAGACUCAAAUGACAAUAGUCCGGUGUUUGUUUCCCCUACUGCCGAUUCAACAAUUUUACUGGGUGAUUCUGCGCAAGUUGGCCAGCUAGUCGCGCAUGUUGUAGCUGUCGAUAAAGAUGCAGGUGACAAUGGACAUAUAACCUACUCGAUCCUAGCGGGUAAUGAAGAAGGUCGCUUCAGAAUGGACCCUCGAACUGGUUCCAUCGAAUUGGCAAAAGCGAUACAGUCGACUCAUUCCCAAUCCCAUCAAAUUCGGAACAGUCAAUCCUCUGCUAGCGACCGGAAUUCUCAAGCCGCUAAUAAAUUCAGUUUAGUGAUAAGUGCUAGUGAUCAUGGCUCGCCGGUUUCCAAAGAAACUCACCUCAAUUUGCAGAUUUUAGUGCAAGGAUCGUCGAAUAAUCCGCCAAGAUUUCAACAGUCUACAUAUCGGGUUAAUGUAUCUGAAAACGCACCUGUGGAUAGCUUUGUAGUGCGUGUGGGGGCAAAGUCGUUCCGGGAUAUUGACAAUGUGAAUCUUACGUACGAGAUACCACCUGGCGUUGGUGAUGAUCUUUUUGCAAUAGACAAACUACGUGGCAUCAUAGUAACCCGGGGUCAAUUUGAUCGGGAAACCAAGGCUGAAUACAAAUUUCCUGUCUACGUUGUCGAGUCCAGUGUAUCAGGCAAUGACGGGGUAAAUUCGAACCAGAAUCUUUUAACAGGACAAUUCGAUAUCGCGACAGUUGUCGUUAAAAUUACGGACGUCAACGACCACGCUCCGGAAUUCCGCCCAGGAUCAUGUUAUCCUCUCGCUGUUCCGGAAAACAGCGAACGUUCAGUUAUUCACUCUGUGGUUGCUACUGACUUGGAUGACGGACCAAAUGGAGAAAUCAUCUACAGUAUAAUUGGCGGGAACUUCAAUAAUAAAUUCAGUAUUGAUGUUCAUACUGGCGAGCUGACGGCGCAGCCAUUGGACCGCGAGACGCGAUCGCGGUAUCUGUUGCAGAUUCAAGCUCAGGAUCGCGGCACUCCGAAUACGUAUUAUGGUCAUUGCAAUAUAUCGGUGAUUGUUGAAGACCAGAAUGACAAUGAUCCACGUUUCGAUCGUCCUAAAUACGUUGUAAAUAUCCCGGAGGACAUUGAAAUUGGCACAUCUAUAUUGAAAGUGAAUGCAACCGAUGCCGAUUUGGGGAUAAAUGCGAGAAUUGUUUAUUCGCUCGCAAACGAAACACAGUGGCUAUUCACGAUCGACAAUCGGAGCGGACUUAUAACGACAGCUGGAACCCUCGAUCGUGAGCAGCAGCAUGUGUACAACUUUAUGGUUGUAGCCACAGAUGGAGGUCGAAGCGACUCCCGCUCCACGCGUGUUCCUGUGCAAAUCAUCGUCGAAGACGUCAAUGAUAACAAGCCCAUUUUCAAACAAUAUCCCUUCAUGGCACAGGUUCCUGCCCUAGUCCAACCUGGCCAGACCAUUCUCCAAGUAUCAGCUCUCGAUGUAGAUCAGGGCACAAACGGCGAGAUAGUCUAUGAACUGACCAAUGACCGGACUGCCGGAAAAUUCCGCGUCAAUCCCAACACGGGUGUAGUAAGUGCAACCAGAAGUCUGGCCAGUGAAAACGGUCAACUACUUCGCCUAGAAGUCACCGCUCGCGACAAGGGUAAUCCCCCACAAAGUGCAAUCGGUUUGAUCGAAAUCCGUGUUGGAGAGUCACCCCUGGGAACGCCAGUCUUGCGCUUCCCCAAUGAAUCUUACCGGGUCUCGCUGAUGGAGAAUACUCCAAACGGACGAUCUGUGAUACAAAUGAAUGCCGUACGGAGUGAUGGACGACGUCAAAAGAUAAUUUAUUCUAUUGGCUCUGGUAAUGAGGAGGGAGCGUUCUCCAUAGACGCCACGACGGGUGAGAUCAAGGUCCGAGAUUCGAAAUUUCUCGACUUUGAACGGUAUCUGUGGAGCUACGAAACGAUCAAAAUGCGCUACGAUCGUGACAAUCGGACAAUACUGGGUCAUGGCAUGAUGAGUAGUGGCAACGGUCCUUCCACAGAAUAUCGAUCAUCCAGCGAAAUAAAAUUAAUUAUAGAAGCCCGGACCGAUGGCUCGCCGUUAUUGUACGGUUACGCUGAACUACAGAUACAGUUACAAGAUGAAAAUGAUAAUGGACCACGAUUCACACAACAGCAGUACGCCGCCACCGUGUGGGAGGGCAAUAAUAAAGGGACAUUUGUAAUGCAGGUUGCCGCCUAUGAUGCCGAUCGCGGUGCAAAUUCGCGCAUUCUCUACCACAUUGUCGAUGGCAAUCAUGAUAAUGCGUUUGUUAUUGAACCUGCUUUUAGUGGUAUCGUUAAAACAAAUAUCGUUUUGGAUCGCGAGAUUCGUGACAUGUACCGACUAAAAGUGAUCGCAACUGAUGAAGGUGUACCUCAGAUGACUGGAACGGCGACAAUUCGCGUGCAUAUUAUUGAUGUCAACGAUAAUCAACCAACCUUCCCGCCACCGAGCAUUGUCAGUGUUAGCGAAGGAUCUGAUCUGGGAAUUGUCAUCACCACCGUAUCAGCAAACGAUGUCGAUUCAAGCCCAGCUUUAACGUAUCGUUUCGCGAAGUCCGUUGAUAACGAUAACUUCGACGCGGAGACGAUGUUUUCAAUCGACCGCUACAGCGGAAAAGUGAUAUUGAAGAAGCAUCUGGAUUACGAGAGUCAACAGGAAUAUCAAUUCCAGGUCAUUGCGUCCGAUAUGGCGCAUGAAGCGAGGACCUCAUUAACUAUUCGGGUUACCGAUGUCAAUGACAAUCCUCCAAUUUUCCAACAAGUAGCGUACCAUGUAUCCUUACCGGAUCAGUCGACUGGUGCGGAUAUGGACCUCUUAACCAUUAAUGCUACCGAUGCAGAUGGUGAAAGUAACUCGAGAAUAAGAUACCAAAUAAUACCGCCCGUUUCUGGAUUUAUCAUCAACGAGCAAACUGGAGCAAUUUAUGUGAAUGCCAGCAGAAUAACGAAACCAUUCAAAGAGCAGAUUUACCUCCGUAUAAUUGCCAUGGAUUCAGGAAAGCCUCCACUAAGCGCCAAGUCCAUAGUCAGAAUCCAAACGAACUCCUAUGGACAAGGCAAAGCUCAAUUUUUGCAAAGCCAAUUCCGUGCGAGCAUCAACGAGGAAGCUGAACUGGGUACAGUUGUUUUAAAACUAUCAAGAGACGUUCUCGACACCGAUCUAACACAAAACCUUGCAUUCAGUAUAGUUGCCGGAAACGAGGAAGGCACAUUCGAGGUGUACCAGGCAAGUGCAAUAAUAUUAGUUAAAAGCCUUGAUCGUGAGAAAACGGACCUUUAUAAACUUCGGCUCGUUAUGAGCGAACAAGGAUCUCCCGUACGUAGCGACAACAACUCCACAGCGAUCAACAUCUUCGUAACUGUCGAAGACGCUAAUGACAACGCGCCUAUUUUCCAAUCUGGUCGAUAUGAGACCGAAAUCAGCGAGUCUGCACCGAUCCGAUCCUCGGUCACCAAAAUCGUUGCAAUCGAUAAAGACUUGGAAAACUCUCCAAAUUCUGAAGUCGUCUAUGAUAUAACCUCUGGAAAUGAUGCAGGGAUGUUUAGUAUUGACUUGGUUUCUGGAAUUUUGUUCGUUAAAAACCCGUUAGACUACGAUGUUGAUCCCACCCCUCAAUAUGACCUGAUCAUAAGAGCUUGCGACAGUGGUUUAAUCCCAAGAUGUAGUUUGACGCCGUAUCGGAUCACCCUCACAGAUGAGAAUGAUAACGAGCCGAAGUUCCCUGUAACUGAAUAUCUAGAGUUUGUUGGGGAAAACGAACCAAUUGGAACAAGUGUGUUUACAGCAAGAGCAACUGAUAUGGAUCGAGGACAAUAUGGAAUGCUAAAUUAUACGAUAGAGAGCUCAAAUGGAUAUCCUGAGUCGAAUGAUGCAUGGAAGCUUUUCAGGAUUGAUCCCAAUUCCGGUGUAGUUACAACUAAUGCAGUUUUCGAUUACGAACAACGAAGUCAGUACAGUUUCAUAAUUAAGGCUUUUGACCUUGGCGGGAAAUCGGCUAAAGCUAGAGCGAGGAUCAUGAUUGAUUCCCGGGAUGAAUUUAGUCCACAGUUUACAGAGCGAACAUAUCGAUUUAUUUUGGCGACUGGAUCGUCAGAACCUUUGCCGAUUGGAUAUGUUGUUGGACAAGUUACAGCUACUGAUCGUGACAAAGGACCCGAUGGUCGGGUAGUGUACCAAUUGAACAACCAACAUAAUUACUUCAAGAUAAAUAGGACGACUGGUGCCAUAAUGAUCAAGAAGAAAAUCGAUAAUGAUAUUAAUGCCCUGAGUUCUGGUCAGGAAAUCAGUUUUGUCGUAACGGCUAGCUCUGGACGGCAAGGCUCUUUGACGAAUAUGAGCGUAGUAGAAAUAUCUCUGGAUCCUCUAGCCGACCCAGGCACAAAUUUGGCUAGUAGCGGUGGAGGAAGUUCAGGAAGCAGUGGUGGUAUAGCUGAUUGGGCAUUGGGACUGUUGAUAUCCCUCCUGUUGGUCAUAUUUACAUUCGCUGCAGUGUUCCUGUUUCUGCAUAUGCGGAACAGAAGACAUAAACAAGUUUCGAAACCUAGUCUUAGCACGGAAACUGUUGGCAAUUCGAAUAGCUACGUUGAUCCUAGCGCUUUUGAUACAAUUCCAAUCCGUGGAAAUCCUAGUGGAAACACUUCCGGCGGUCAGUUCGCUCCUCCUAAAUAUGAUGAAAUUCCGCCGUACGGCCAACAUACGGCUAGUUCGAAUUCAGGAGCAGCUACCACUUCUGAGCUCUCUGGAUCAGAGCAGUCGGGAUCUAGUGGCCGGGGAUCCGCAGAAGAUGGAGAAGAUGGAGAGGAUGAAGAAAUUCGUAUGAUAAACGAGGGUCCAAUGCAUCGCGAUCAUCAUCGUGGGGACGACGGAAGACUUUCUGAUAUUUCAGUGCAAAACACUCAAGAAUAUCUGGCACGACUGGGAAUUGUAGAUAAUACAAAUACGACAGGUGCAGCAUCGACAUCAUCUCGACACUGCUCUGAGAGUAUAAGUGGAAGCAACAAAGAUGCUCUGUUGCAUCAUCCACUACCGAUAGAUUCGUUACACAUGUUUGAUGAAGAACCCGGUGAGGCAGAUAUCACAAAUUUAAUAUAUGCUAAACUGAACGAUGUGACAGGUGGAAGUGAUCGGGCUAGUAGUGCUGAUGAAGCAGCUACUACUGCUGGAAGUAUAGGCGCUGCCGUGGACCAUGUGAUGGGAUUUGGCGAUGUUCCUGUAGUAGGGAACGGCAAUCCAGGUCCUGCGAUGAACGGGUCGCUAAGCUCAAUUGUACACAGUGAAGAAGAGCUUACAGGAAGCUAUAACUGGGACUACCUUCUUGACUGGGGUCCACAGUACCAACCUCUAGCCCAUGUAUUCUCAGAGAUUGCAAGACUUAAAGACGAUACCCUUUCGGUACAUAGUGGAAACAGCGCAGCGUCCAGUGCGAAGAGUAAACAAUCGUUGCAACAUUCCGCAAAACACAUCCCACCCCCUCUUUUGACAAACGUUGCACCUAGGUCAAUCAACGUCCCAGUAUUAUCAAGUCGAGGCAGUACAAGUCAUCAUUCUGCUGCUGCAAAUCAAUACCUAUUACCACGAUCACCGAUCAGUCAUGAUGCACCCGGUGGUUUCAGUACGUCAUCAGCAAUGUCACCAAGCUUUUCGCCAUCCCUCUCACCGCUAGCAACACGAUCACCAUCAAUAUCACCGCAUGUUGUUACCACCGGCGUACCAACAAGUCAUCAUAUGGUCUCGUUGCCCAGGCAUCAGCCGCAACCUGCGCAGCGGAAAAACCUUGAUUCCGACAUGCGAGUGCGAAUGUAGCAACUGUAAGAUUAGUUUUUCAACGCCACAACGGUCAUUCAGGUGAUUUAAUUUUAAGAUAACUCCAAAACGCGGCUGUGGUGACAAAAUUGCUCUACUUAAAUGUAUCUUGUAAAUUUCUCAGACGUUGUAAACAUAGUUUUGAGUAAAAUAUUUAGUUGGGUUCACUGAGCCACCUUUAAGCAUUUCGUUAGUGAACUAUCACCACUCAUCCAGUGACGGCAAGCGGCAAGAUUUGACUUCAAUCUCAGAUUCUGUUAGGGUACAAAAAGUUCACUUGAAGCCAGAAAAUUCAAAACAAAGAAAACAUCGAUUGAGAAAGAAUAUCUGAUGGCUUUCAACUGUAACGAGAAUUCGGCCCCUUUAAGUCAUGCUUAUCCUUUAUAUUUAUUUUAUUGGUAAUGUCCAAGAUAAUCUGAGUAUAAAGUGCAAGAUAGAUACGCUUGUGGGGGACUUGAUAUAUUGUGGCAAAAAUGAAAAUUUUUCGAUAAAUCUUAAGGAACUAGUCAAAGAGAAAGAUGACUCGCGAAGUAUCAAAUGGAGACACUUUCUGCCUCAUUAUUUCCAAACUACUCCAGUUUGGCCGAAAAAAAUCGAUUAUUCGUCUACAUCCCUUCCUUUCCCACUUAAUUUAUUAUUGCUUUUCUGCUUCUUCAUCUGGAUAUGUAUCCAUUUUGUCCUCAUCUUCACCAACAAUUUCCAGUCCUGAUUUUGUCGGGCCUAUUUCUACGCUCUGAGCUGUCCGCGUUCAAACGAAUCAUCUACUCAAAUUAUGCAAAUUGUGUAUUUCGGUUGAAUCCUGCCACAAUAUAUAUAUAAGCGCUCCAUCGACCUUUAGUGUACAUAGAAAAACAUGCAUUAAAAUUUAAUAUUAAACCUUAAAUCGCGUCCCAUGUGAAAAUACUCCGUUUUGCCUUAGCAUUUAGUUGAACUUGUUGUUUUGACUGUAAAAAUCAAAAACGGACACAACUUUGCAGAAUAGAACUAGUGGGUAGGAUACUAUAAGACUGCUGUUCAUAAGAGAGUAAUGAAGUUGUACUGUAAUAAAUAGAUUUAGCCCCGUACGGUUUAGUGAAGUAUUUAAAACGAAUUCGCAAUUAUUCCUAAUCUGAAUGUACUCUGGACGCUGCAUUCUAUCCAGCGAGAAACAAAACAAAACAAUGCAAAAAAUAUCCACAAACACCGCCAUAAUAUUAAAUUAAAUACCAUAUUCUGUAAAUUUCUAAACAUCUUCCCAUUAUCACAUUCAUUAUAUUUAGAAACUUUACGUCUAUCUCAGAAAUGUACACGGGACCCCGCACUGAGUGAAUAUCAAGUUUAUCCCUUAAUUUAAACCGGACUUGCACCCCGUGCUGUCCGUAACCCUUCAGGGUGGACUUUUUUAAAUAUAGAACAGAACAAUCAAAUACUUUGUAUACAAUUAUUUAUAAAAUGCUCGGUAAGAUGUUUUUAACUAAAGCGAAUUUGGGACUGUCCGCCAAACAAUCCAUUUAUUUCGAAAGGGUCAAUUACUCACCACCACGCUUGCCUUAUUGAAUGAAUAUUUGAGAUACUUUCCGGACGUUUCAAAUUCGCAGUAUCUUUUAGCGAUUGUACAGUAAACCUGCUAGUGCCUUAGUUAUUCCUUUAGUCGUAUGGCAACUACUUUUGCGCCCCCGAUUUAGGGGUUGUUUGAAGUAAAAACGAACAUGUGUACGUAUGAGUUUUAAAAGCCUAAGGUUCCAAUUAGAAACAUAGAAUAUUUUAUGUCUUGUACAAAAUAUCUAGAAUUGUAUCUUCCAUUUAUUCUAUUGACUUAUACGUUUAAGGUUAUUCUAACCACUUUUUGUAAAAGUGGUAAUAGUAGCGAAUAGAAUAUGAAUAUGUGAGUUAAGUGAGAAGUAAACGAAGAAAAGAAGUG